GGUGCGACUGUUACAUCACGAGAGCGACGGAGUCGGCGUCAAAAGUAGCAAGGUAGACAUCAGGCGGCCUCGAGGGCACGUCGUCCGAUGUUGCCCGCCAUCCUUCGCUGCUCUCGGCCCGUCCCUGUCGCCCGGUCCGUUCCCGUGGCCCGCUUCGCGGCCCGCAUGGAGCCCGCCCGGCCCGUGGAGGGCGCCAUCGUCGCCAAACUCACGGCCGCGUUCCGUCCCGAGCACCUGGAGGUGCGCAACGAGAGCCGGGCGCACGCCGUGCCCCCCGGCUCGGAAUCGCACUUCCGCGUGCUGGUGGUCAGCGCCCGCUUCCGGGGCCUGACGCCGCUGCAGCGCCACCGUCUGGUCAACGAGGCGCUGAAGGCGGAGCUGAGCGCUCGUGUUCACGCGCUGGCCAUCCAGGCCAAGACGCCCGAGCAGUGGCGCGAAGAUCCCGCCCUGGCCGAGAGCCCCCCCUGCUUGGGGGGGUCGCGAGGGGACGGCGCCGUGGAGGACAAACUGAAAGUGGGACGUUGACGGCGGCAGGGGACACUUCCCUUAUUUGAAUUUGUCACCGUCUAUUCAAUGGAACGUUAGCCAAAUAAAGGAUUAUGUUAAUGGUUGAACAUAGACUGUGUGUUUUUAUUUUCACGCAAGCUGUCAAAAGAAAAUCAUUCUAAUAAAAUGUUGUUUUUUUUUGGAACU